UGUACUAGUUUUCACAUUCGUAUAUUUUUGAAUAAAAAUAAAUGUUCGAAAUUCAUCAGUUCGACGAAGGUGCGAAGUAUGCAUGUUCUCUGUUUGUAAUUUGUUUUGGAACAUCUGUUCAUUCACUGCUAGUUGAAAAGAGUAAAGAAUACAUAUCUAAUCUAAACGAAAAUAUACAAAUAUUCGAUUACAAUGAACAAGAGCCGUGUUAAAAUAUUUCCUGGCAGUAGUAUAUGCGCUGAAACUAUGCUCAUAGGUGAUAUCUCAUUUGGGAAUAAUUGUGUUGUACAUCCUUAUGUACAAAUUCUAGCUGUAGCAGGACCUAUUAUCUUUGGGGAAAAUUGUUUGAUAGAAGAAAGAGUGCAAAUAAUACAUAGGGGACCCCCUGGUGCAGCAACAAAAAAAGGCCCACCGCUGGUUAUCGGAUCGGAUAAUACUUUCGAAGUGGGCUGUCGAAUAGAAGCCAGAAAAAUUGGAAACAACAAUAUAUUUGAAUCGAAAUCGUUGAUAGGCAACCAGGUUACAAUUACCGAUGAUUGCAUUAUUGGAGCAGGUUGUAAAUUGAGGGAAGAGUCUGUUGUAGGUAGAAAUUCUAUUGUUUAUGGGAGUAAUUGUAAAAUAAGGGAAGUAGAGCAUCAACUAUCGCGGCACCCUGACUUCAUGGAUACAGUUAGUCAAAUUCUAUACAGAAAUCAUAGGAUUUUGAAAGUAACCCACCGUCAUCAAUCCUCCAGGUGUCAUGUACGAUAAUAAAUGAAAUUAUUCAAAAGAAUAGUGCUGAUAAAAUUUUGUUGCUAAUAAAUUUGAUUAUACUAAG